GGGGGCUGUGUCGGACACGGGGUGACCCCCCCGCACCCGGGGGCUGUGCCGGACACGGGGUGACCCCCCGCACCCCAGGGGUGCUCUGAUGUCCGGGGGGUGACCCCCCGCUCCUCAGGUGCCCCCUCACCUCCUGGGGUCCAUCCCCAGGCCACGCGGAUGCCCAUGUCCCCGCAGCCUGAGUGGUUCCGUGCCCCCACACCCCGGGGGCCGUCCCUGACACGGGGCCCCGCGCGGGGCUAUUUUUGGGUCGUGGCGUGGCCGCCGCCCGGCAGUGCCAGGGGGCCCCACGUCACGGGGUCGGCCGGGCCCGGCAUCGCUCUCAUUCCUGCCGGCACAAGGGGAGCAGCGGCACGGCUCGGAUCCCCCGGCCCACAGACGGGGACAGGUAACACCUUCACCUGGCCAGAGCGCCCCGGGGACGGGGACUCCAGCGUGUGGGGCACCUGGCUGCCCUCACUACCAUCGGAGCGGACAUCCCAGGGCAGGGGACACACCGUUGCAGGGAAUGCUCCCUCCGGGGAGACACUCAGUCCUGGAGGAUCCCCUACCCCUGUCCUGGAGGAUGCUCCGCUGCAGGGAAUGCUCCAGUGCAGGGGACCCAGGGGAUGCUUCUGCUCUGAGGACACCCACCCUGGGGGAUGCCGCACUGUAGGGACCAUCCCACCCAACCCUGCAGCCCCGCGGUGCGGGGGGAAGGGGCGUGUUUGGGGCAGCCUCGUGCCAUGCAGCUCAUAACCUAAAAAUAGGCGGCAGCUCCCGGGGCAGGACUCGUCCUUUCCGUGGCAGCCACGGUGCUUGUGCAAAGCGGUGCCACGCGGGGCCCCCCGGGCGCAGGGCUCUGCUCUCUGUCCCGCAGAUGGCAGGCGGCAUUUUCUCCCCGCUGGGGAGCUGCUCGGAGCUGGAGAAGGCCAACUGCCACCCGCUGGUGUGCCUGCUGUGCCACGAGCCCUACCAGCACCCCUGCCUGCUCGACUGCUACCACAACUUCUGUGCCAGCUGCCUGCGGGGCCGUGCCAGCGACGGCCGCCUGCGCUGCCCGCUCUGCGGGCACCCCUCGGUGGUGAGGGGGGGCACAGGACUGCCCCCCGUGGACCGGCUGCUGCAGUUCCUGGUGGACAGCUCGGCCGACAGCGAGGAGGACGUGCAGUGUGCCAACUGCGACCGGCGCUGCGCCAAGGCGGAGCUGGACACCAUGUACUUCUGCAACACCUGCGGGCAGCCCCUGUGUACCCCGUGCCGUGAGGAGACCCACCAUGCCAGGAUGUUUGCCCGCCACGAGAUCGUGUCCCUCUCCAAGCGCACCAAAGACAUCCACAAGAAGUGCCCGCUGCACGAGGAGCCCUACAUCAUGUUCUCCACCGAGAAGAAGUCCAUGCUCUGCAUCAACUGCUUCAGGGAUAUGCAGGGGGAGAGCCGGGCACACUGCAUCGACAUCGAGACAGCGUACAUGCAGGGCUGCCAGCGGCUGGACCAGGCGGUGAUGGCAGUGAAGGAGCUGCAGACCUCCACACGCGAGGCCAUCGUCCUGCUCAAGGCCAUGAUCGAGGAGGUUCGCAACAGUGCCAGCGAGGAGGAGGCGGCCAUCAACUCCCUCUUCGGCCGCAUGCAGGAGCAGCUCUCCGAGAGGAAGAAGACGCUUCUGAAAGCUGUGCAGAGCCAGCAUGAGGAGAAGGAGAAGGCAUUCAAGGAGCAGCUUGCACACCUCGCCUCCCUGCUGCCCACCCUGCAGGUGCACCUGGUGACCUGCUCAGCCUUCCUGAGCUCUGCCAACAAAGCCGAGUUCCUGGACCUGGGCUAUCAACUGAUGGAGAGGCUGCAGAGGAUUGUCAAGCUGCCACACCGCCUGCGGCCGGCCCAGACCAGCAAGAUCAACAGCGAGUACCGGGCAGAGUUUGCCCGCUGCCUCGAGCCCCUCCUGAUGCUCAGCCCCCGCCGCUCCGUGGUGGGCAGUGCCGGCGGCAUCGGUCCUGGCAUCACUGGCACGAACAUGCUCCCUGGUGGCCAAUGCUCCAAGACCCUCAUGGUGCCCGGCUGUCCCCCCUCAAGUGACAAAAUGUCCACCAGCCCCAUGGUGAGGAAGCCGACGAUGCACCGGUACAUCAGCACCAAGGUGCUCCUGGCCGAGGGGCGUGAGACCCCCUUCGCCGAGCACUGCCGCAACUACGAGAACACCUACCGGAUGCUGCAGAUGGAGAUCCAGGGCCUGAAGGACCAGGUGCAGGAGCUGCAUCGCGACCUCACCAAGCACCACUCACUCAUCAAGUCAGAGAUCAUGAGUGAGAUCCUGCAGAAGUCCCUGCAGAUGGACGUGCAGAUCGCAGCUCACUACUCUGCCGUGGAGAUGAUGCGCAGCGUCUUCGAGGAGGUCUGGGAGGAAACUUACCAGCGGGUGGCAAACGAGCAGGAGAUCUAUGAAGCCCAGCUCCAUGACCUGCUGCAGCUGAGGCAGGAGAACAGCUGCCUGAGCACCAUCACCAAGCAGAUCGUGCCCUACGUCCGCUCCAUUGCCAAGGUGAAGGAGCGGCUGGAGCCCAGGCUGCAGGAGCCCCGGGAGCCCAAGGAGGAACAGGCCCAGAUGCUGCUCAAGAUCUGCGACAACAGUGAAGCAGUGCCAAGCGAGGAAGAAUAAUGCAGAACUCAAGGAAACAGUGAACCUCUUUGGUAUAUAACGACAGAAUAAGUUAUGCCACACAGCUCAGUGGGAACCAUUUCAAAAUGGUCACAUUUAAAAGAGUUUUAGCUAGCCCAACUCUUCUCCUGGUUGGAGAUUUCCCUAGGAGCAUCUCCUACUUGCCCCAACAUCCUGGCUUUUGCCCAAAAGAGCAGGUGAGGAUCUCGGGUGCUAAAGCCCUUAGCAAGCCUGGCAGCUGUGGUUCUUUCCCAACCCAAAAUCCUGGGAUCUCUGCAGGACAGAGGUGGCCUGGCAGGAUAGGAAGCAGCGUGAUUUGGAAGCGGGAAGAGGGAACAGAGGUGGCGGCGGGAGGCAGCGGCUGCAGCGAUGACUCCGCAUCCGCAGCAGCAGCUGAGGGAGAAGGAGCAGGCUCAGCGGUGCUUGGAUCUCUCCCUGCGGACGCCAAGGCCUGGAGAGAGCCGAGUGGUGCCACACUGCCAGCGCUCUGAGGGCAGGCAGAGCUGGAGGCUGCUCCCAUGGCCACCCCAGUGCCAAGUCAAGGAGUCGGGCCCAAGGAGAUUAAAGCUGCAGCACUGGGCUCACGAGGUCAGAAAGCUUUAAAAUUGAAUUAUGCAACAGGAACAAUCUACUGCCCAGCGCCUCCUCUGCCUGGGGCCCAGAGGGCAGUGCUGCUCUCCAGCAGAAUUGGUCCAGAGGCAUUCCAGGACAAUUCAGCUGCUGCAGGCAGGACAAUUCAUUCUCUUUAGGGUCGCUACAGGCUAAGUUAUCUGGAAGAUCCCUGAAUGUGCAAUGAAGGGCUGAUCUCAAGGAGGAGGAACGAGCUUCUGAUCUGCAAGAAUCCCGGCAGGCUGCCCAGUGCCACAGCCCUCCACCAGCUCCUUCUGGGUGGCUGGGAAAUACCAACAGGCACGUCCCAACACUGAUGCCACGCAGGCACCUGGCACGGCGGGAGCCGGGCGUUUGCUCAGCCAGUCUGGUUUUCACCUGCAUUACAGUUCCAAUUUGACUCCUUUAAUAAAAGGGAGACCCGAUGGCACCUUC